UUACUUAUCUAAUUAUUCAAGAAAGCUAAGUGCUGUAAGUGCUGCUUACAUUUUGGUUCAUAGGCCGGGACUUGCCACCAAAAAAGUAGGUCGCUUUCGGACGAGUUUCGCCAUCAACAAGGCUUCCUACUGCCUGUAUCUUAAUGUAUCCCAACGAAAAGUAAAUUAACUAAUUCCUGAUCUGCCCGACGAGUCCUAAAAGAAAGCUGGUCGCUGAACCUGAUCGCCGGUCGGCCACCGAGCUAAGGAUUAACCUAAGGUCGCAGCCAGGAUUGAACCGACCACCACAUCGGCAUGUUGACCAGAGAAAAAUUUUGGUCGUGAUUGGAUGGCGGGAGUCUCCAGCGUGCAACUGAAAAAGCAAGGUCACCAAGAACAACCCUUAGAACACCUGAGAAGGCACUUCUAGGGACUUGUUGAAGAUUUAUAGUCGCAAUAGAUUUUCUUAAGUGUGCCAUCGCGAUGGCUGCACCAGCAGCCUGUACGCGUUUUUCGGACAACUACGACAUCAAAGAAGAACUGGGAAAAGGGGCAUUUUCAAUAGUUAAAAGAUGCGUCCAAAAGUCAACUGGAUUUGAAUUUGCUGCAAAAAUUAUAAAUACAAAAAAGUUAACUGCAAGAGACUUUCAAAAAUUGGAACGUGAAGCAAGGAUCUGCAGAAAACUACACCAUCCCAACAUAGUGCGAUUGCAUGACAGUAUACAGGAGGAGAACUAUCACUACCUUGUUUUUGAUCUUGUAACUGGUGGUGAACUUUUCGAAGAUAUUGUUGCACGCGAAUUUUAUUCAGAGGCUGAUGCAUCACAUUGUAUUCAACAAAUAUUGGAAUCGGUCAAUCACUGCCACCAAAAUGGUGUGGUGCAUCGAGAUCUGAAACCAGAGAAUUUACUAUUAGCUAGUAAGGCAAAGGGUGCAGCAGUGAAACUCGCUGACUUUGGUCUAGCCAUUGAAGUUCAAGGCGAUCAUCAGGCUUGGUUUGGAUUUGCUGGCACUCCAGGAUAUCUGUCGCCAGAGGUAUUGAAAAAGGAGCCCUAUGGCAAAUCGGUAGAUAUAUGGGCAUGUGGAGUUAUUCUUUACAUACUUCUUGUUGGUUACCCACCAUUCUGGGACGAAGAUCAGCACCGACUGUACUCGCAGAUUAAAGCAGGAGCUUAUGAUUAUCCGUCUCCAGAAUGGGAUACGGUGACCCCAGAAGCAAAAAAUCUUAUCAAUCAAAUGCUCACAGUAAAUCCAAAUAAACGAAUAACCGCCGCCGAGGCUUUAAAGCACCCAUGGAUUUGCCAACGAGAACGCGUGGCUUCCGUUGUGCAUCGACAAGAAACCGUAGACUGUCUCAAGAAGUUUAAUGCGCGUCGUAAGCUAAAGGGAGCCAUACUUACGACCAUGUUGGCUACCAGAAAUUUUUCCAGCAGAAGUAUGAUUACCAAAAAGGGUGACGGAUCUCAAGUUAAGGAAUCUACCGAUUCUUCUAGCACUACCCUUGAAGACGAUGACAUUAAAGAAGAUAAAAAAGGAAUCGUUGAUCGCAGUACCACAGUCAUAUCAAAAGAGCCAGAAGAUAUAAGGAUACUGUGUCCUGCAAAAACUUGCCAGCAAAAUACAGGAAACUCGCAGUGCUCGUCAGCAGCUAGACGACAAGAAAUAAUAAAGAUCACUGAACAGUUAAUUGAAGCGAUUAACAGUGGCGACUUUGAUGGAUACACCAAAAUAUGUGAUCCCCAUUUAACUGCCUUCGAGCCAGAAGCUUUGGGUAAUCUUGUCGAAGGAAUUGAUUUUCAUAAAUUUUACUUUGAAAAUGUUCUUGGUAAGAAUUGCAAAGCUAUAAACACAACCAUAUUAAAUCCUCACGUGCACUUAUUGGGUGAAGAGGCCGCGUGCAUUGCCUAUGUCAGACUUACACAGUACAUUGAUAAGCAAGGACAUGCACACACCCAUCAGUCUGAGGAAACGCGCGUAUGGCACAAACGCGACAACAAAUGGCAAAAUGUUCACUUUCAUCGAAGUGCAUCUGCCAAAAUAAGCGGAGCUACUACAUUCGAUUUUAUACCCCAAAAGUAGUGGGCGUUAGUCAAUGGAAUAUGAACUGUCAUUAUGCACAUGAAUAAAAGUGCUAUAUUUAUAAUUAGAGGACGCAAUAGUAUUUGCGAAUAAAGUUGUUAGUGCGAAUUUUAUUAUUUUAUUUAUUUGUAUUCAAGUGUUUUGUGUCCCAUGUUAUUCUAUGUUAAAAUAUACUGUAAAAUUAAAAGCAUGUAUCGCAUUUCAGAUAUCCCCUAGAAAUAUGGUCACUUUAUAAAUUAAAAGAGCAAACAACACAAAUAUAAAAAAUUCAACAUAAUAUUGGUACAUGGAAUAUUUAAAGUAAAUAUCGCUGUACCAAUCAUAAGAUUGUAAAUUUGAAUGGUGUCAAGGAAAGAAACAAGCUUAUCAUUUAACUUAAAUUGAUAUCAAUCUUAAAAUAAAAUGAAUAACUUUGUAUCUAUUGGAAUAAGAAAGAAAAUAAUUCCAACCACUUUACGUAAUCUUCUAAAAGUAAUGCAAACAAUUUAAAACGCAUGUAUCACUUACUAGGAUACAAAUAAUCAUUUGUUUGUGCAGUCCGCUUAUUCUCGUUCUUCAAAUAUAUACACACAUGCAUAGCUUAUUAAAAUGUGUGAAUUCAGGCGAAUACAAAUUACUCAAGUUAGCAUUAACGAUUUAUAAAACUGUAAAGCAUUAGGUAACUCAAUGUAGCAUUAUAAAUUUUGAAAAAAUAAGUACAUGAAAAACCAAAUAAAUUAGCUAACUGAAAUAUAAAA